UUACGCAACUGGGUUCCUGCGGACAUCAUAAUAGCAGCCUGAGAUGAGUAUAACGUAUUCACGAAUCGAGCAUCCUGGCCAUACAUUUCCUUUGCAGAGUAUGAGCUACCAUUACGACGGUGGCAGACAUGGCCAGGACCGAAACAGUCGCCAUUAUCGACUCCCACCACCACAUUCAUCAAUCCCAAUAGGGCUAAUUGCGGAUGAGCAACAGACAUCAUCACACCAGAGAACAGACGCACAGCAUUCGAGGAACGAUUUUCCUGCUCAGAGAGAAAACCUGCCAUCCGUCCACCAACUGCUCUCUGGGGGAAAUGCAGGCUACUUACCUUCUCUUCCUCCUCCUACUUCGCGCCAUGGCCAUAGCCUACAAAAUUCGCCAUCCAUACAUUCGCUUCCUCCAAGUUCACAUUACAAACCUCCACGGAAAUCCCAUGGAGGAUAUCCUGAUUAUUCCUCUUUAGCCACCUCUGGCGACAGAGAAUAUGAGGAUAAUCGAUCUCCGCAGUCUGGUACAUUGCCGCCAAUCUCGCAAGUGGGUAUGGAGGCCUCUUAUACACGUCCGUCCCAUAGAUCUCGUUCGCAUCUCGUCUCAGACGAAGAUUCUUCCAGAAGUCAGUCCAAAGAUGCCACAGCAAGCCCGCGGCAUUCUGAUCCGUCAUUAUCCCACUUCGUAUCAAGCCCCGGACAAGAGGGUUCGCGCCCUGGGUCACGAGGCCCCGCUGUUCCUAAUCAGGUCGUUGAUGAGCGGUACCUCCCAGGAAAAGGAGUCUGUUAUAUCUUUGCCGAUAACUCUUACUGCCCCAAACUGAUUGACGGCCAGCCAGUCAAUCCGAAUUGGGGUUUGACAAAGGCUGGGAAGGCCCGGAAACGCUUGGCGCAGGCCUGUAUUCCGUGCAGAGAAAAGAAAGUGAAAUGUCAGCCAAAUCUUCCGAAAUGUGACCAAUGUCAAAAGUCGGGGCGGGAGUGUAGGUUCGAAAGCGCACCUCGCGGGAGUCGGGCGAGAUCGUCUUCAUACGAUCCUCAAUCAGCGUGAACGAGAUGACUAGUUCAGAUGCGGCAAAUAGACAUUCUUUCAAAUUACUUCGGAAGACGACCUCACGGUACAUGUUCAAUACCUCGACAGGAUACUGAUUUCUUUGCCAAAUACGCAAUAUUCCACUUUCUCCGAAACAAUCCUAGCGCAAGAGACCCGCCGAUAAUCCUGCGGUUCGGAAGGAGCUUUUCAUGAGGGCUAUAACCCCGUGAUUCUUUGAAAAUAGAUUCACGGCUGGGAUUUUUUUUUCCAUUGAUGGCCUUCGUACGGCGCAACAACUUUGAAUGGAACAAAUGAACCAUUUGUGUCGACAACCGAAGAUCCGCAGUAGUCAAACUGACUCGUUAGUGGGACCCGGACCAAAUGUGGCUGGAGAUAUUGGCAUCGUGGCUGUUGCAUCCCGAAAAGCGAUAUAGCGGCUCUCGGAAGAGGAGAUUUGCACUCAUCUUGAUAUCAGUAGUCUUGAUGUAGUCGGUCAACACAACAUUGAUGGCGAAAGCGCGAUACGACAGAAAUUGGAGAACAAUUGCAUUGCAUUGUAUACCUGUGUAAUGCUGUGCCGUCCAAAGUCAAGGUAGCAAUUGACGGGUCUGGACCUGCUGCUAUCCCUGUGUCACUAUCGACACACAUGAUGAAUGAUGUUAAACUCGGCGUUGCACGAUUAUCAUUCCGAGCGAGGUAUGCUGUUUCGCAGAAUUUCACGAAUGUACGGAGUACAAGGUGACCUCUAUGAUAAUAAAUUUGUCGUGUAUUCUAAGUUGCUUUGAAGCAGCAAUACAUAUUAUCGUCGUCCU